UUCAGCCCUUGACCAGUUGGUCGACCUUUUCAAAACCAGAGAUACAAAUACAACGCGAGAUGCGGUACUGAAAAAAACUCUUCUAUGAGAAGUUCCUUCCGAAAGGAAUUAAACAAGAUUGAAGAACAAGAAUACAUCGAUGUUUCCCUAUCUUUAGGGGUUGGGUCAAGAUCUUCCAGGAAUACGUUUAAAAGACCCCGUUCAAAAGCCGACCAGGUUCUUGAGAAAAUUUCUAAAAGACUUGACCAACAGCAACAAACAUCCGAUAAAAAAAUGCAUGACGCGUUUGGGGCGUAUGUUGCAGAAAAAUUAAGAUCUUUGCAGAAAAAUAUGGAAUGUUUAUGCCAGAAGUUAAUAAAUGACGCCAUUUUUAUGGCCGAAGUAGGCAAGUUAAACAUAACUUCUAAAAUUGUAACUGAAGAUAUGAGCCCUCCCACACCAACAUCAAAUACUCAAUCAGAGAAAGUGAUAAUAACCGCUUUUCUAGGUGCUGUGGACCCGGAAGAAUGAUA